AUGAAAUUGGAAAGUAGAUUACUUCUCCUGUUCUUGUUCUCCUUCAGUGUUUUAUGUCGCUCUGUAGUCGGAAGUGUUGACAAGGAUAGUGAGCAAUCGAUCCUCCUGUCAAUACGAUCAAGCUUGAUCGAUCCGCUGGGACGUAUCAAAGACUGGAAAUUGCAGGACAAUGCAGCGGCCAAUGCCACCGUACAUUGUGGAUGGACUGGUGUGGAAUGCAGCUUGGAUGGAGCUGUCGAAAGGCUUGAUCUUUCCCACAUGAAUCUUACAGGAAGUUUGUUGGAAGAAAUUCAGGGGCUCCACAACCUGGUUUCUCUCAACAUAUGCUGCAACAGUUUCUCCUUGCCACUGCCAAAAUCUUUGGCUAAUUUGUCUGCACUUCAGAGCAUUGAUCUGAGCCAAAACUUGUUUGCUGAUCUGUUCCCUGCCGGUUUUGGAAUGGUGGCUGGAUUGGUAUCGUUGAAUGCUUCUGGAAAUAACUUUUCAGGUUAUCUUCCGGAAGAUCUUGGGAAUGCUACUUUGCUUGAGAGCCUGGAUCUCAGGGGAAACUUCUUUGAAGGCCCCAUUCCAGGGAUUUACAGGAACUUGGGGAGACUGAAGUAUCUUGGUCUGUCAGGAAAUAACCUCACAGGCCGAAUACCGGCAGAGCUUGGGGAAUUGUCGUCCCUGGAGACUAUUGUGCUCGGAUACAAUGAGUUUGAAGGUGGGAUUCCACCUGAGUUUGGAAACCUCACCAAUCUCAAGUAUCUUGACCUGGCAAUCUGCAAUCUUGGAGGAUCCAUUCCAGGUGAACUUGGAAAACUGAAGCAGCUACGAACGGUCUUCUUGUACAAUAAUAAUCUCGAGGGAAGGAUUCCGAUGCAGUUUGGUAACCUAACUUCCCUGGAAUUUCUGGACCUGUCUGAUAACAAGCUGUCGGGCGAAAUUCCAGUUCAGAUAGCUGAUAUCAAGAAUUUGAAGCUACUGAAUCUAAUGUGUAAUCGACUAUCAGGUUCAGUUCCUGCAGCAAUUGGGGGAUUGGCUAAUCUGGAGGUACUAGAGCUUUGGAACAACACAUUGUCUGGACCUUUGCCGGGUGAUCUUGGCAAGAAUUCUCCUCUCCAGUGGCUGGAUAUCUCAUCCAAUUCAUUCUCUGGGUCAAUUCCAACCUCAUUGUGCAGUAGAUCAAACCUGACUAAGCUCAUCAUGUUCAACAAUGCCUUCACUGGUUCAAUACCGAGCACUUUAUCAGCAUGUACUUCGUUAGUUCGGAUCAGGAUGCAAAACAAUCUCCUCUCUGGCACAAUCCCAGUUGGUUUUGGUAGACUCAACAAGCUUCAAAGACUGGAACUUGCAAACAACAGCCUCACUGGCCAAAUCCCAAAGGAUCUUUCUGCUUCAACUUCUCUUUCGUUCAUUGAUUUGUCAAGGAAUCACCUGCAGUCAUUGCUUCCUUCCUCAAUUCUAUCGCUUCCGAAUCUUCAAAGCUUCAUUGCCUCAAGGAAUGACUUGGUGGGAGAAAUCCCAGAUCAGUUUCAGGACUGUCCUUCGCUUUCUGUGCUUGAUCUCUCAUCGAACCACUUUACAGGAGGUAUUCCGAAUAGUAUUGCCUCUUGCGAGAGGUUGGUGACUUUGAAUCUGAAGAACAACCAGUUAGAAGGGCCAAUCCCAAAGCCAAUUGCGAUGAUGCCGGCACUGGCAAUCCUGGAUUUGUCAAACAACACUCUGACAGGUGGGAUCCCUGAAAAUUUUGGAAAUUCUCCAGCCCUGGAAAUGCUCAAUGUAUCUUACAACAGGCUUGAGGGUCCUGUCCCAUCCAAUGGCAUGCUCAGGACUAUCAAUCCUGAUGAUCUCGCAGGCAACGCUGGACUGUGCGGUGGUGUACUCCCACCUUGUUCACACAAUGCAGCGUACAGAGUAAAGCAACAUGGCCUGGAGGCAAAACACAUCAUCACAGGAUGGAUAAUUGGAAUAUCAACUCUACUUACCCUGAUCAUAGCAGCCAUUGUGGCUCGGUAUAUGUACAAGAAAUGGCAGGAUGGACAUUGCUUCAAUGGAAGAUUUGAAACAGGCAAUGGGGAAUGGCCUUGGAGACUGAUGGCAUUCCAGAGACUUGGUUUCAACAGCAGUGACAUCCUGGCUUGUAUCAAGGAAUUCAACGUGAUUGGGAUGGGGGCAACAGGAACCGUGUACAAAGCUGUGAUACAGAGGCUGAACAUGACUGUUGCGGUAAAGAAACUGUGGAGAUCCAAACAUGAUAUUGAAAUGGGAGCAACUAAUGACUACCUGGUCAGAGAGGUUAACCUGUUAGGGAGGUUAAGGCACCGGAACAUCGUCAGGCUACUGGGAUUUCUGCACAAUGACUCAGAUGCCAUGAUCAUAUACGAGUUUAUGCAGAAUGGCAGCCUUGGAGAGGCUUUACAUGGAAAAGGGGGAGGAACUUUGCUCGUCGACUGGGUUUCCAGGUAUAACAUAGCAGUUGGAAUUGCGCAGGGCCUGGCUUACCUCCACCAUGACUGCCAUCCACCUGUCAUCCACAGAGAUGUCAAGUCAAAUAACAUAUUGCUUGAUGCCAAUCUCGAAGCGAGACUUGCUGAUUUCGGAUUGGCAAAAAUGAUGCUAAAAAAGAAUGAAACAGUUUCAGCAGUAGCAGGAUCUUACGGAUACAUAGCUCCUGAGUACGGUUACACACUGAAAGUUGAUGAGAAGAGUGACAUCUACAGCUAUGGAGUAGUCCUGAUGGAGCUCCUGACAGGGAAGAGGCCAUUGGAACCUGAGUUUGGAGAAUCUGUCGACAUAGUGGAAUGGAUACGGAAGAAGAUGAGGGAUGGCAGGUCUUUGGUAGAAGUUCUAGACCUAAGCGUGGGGACAACCACACAUGUCCAAGAAGAGAUGCUCUUAGUUCUAAGAUUUGCUAUUCUCUGCACUGCCAAGCUUCCCAAAGACAGACCAUCGAUGAGGGAUGUUCUAUCUAUGCUCGGAGAAGCAAAGCCACGGAGAAAAAGCAGCAGUACUGAAGGAGGGAACGGUAAUCCUAACAGAGACAGGCCAGUUUUCAGCACCUCACCUGUGAAUGGAUUUCUAUGAGUACAGUAAUAUGGAUUCUUGUUCCUCACCAAGAUAGUAUUUCUAAGUUUUUCAUCUGUACCUAGCUACGCAAUUGAAUUUGUACUAAUUCUUUCAGUUUGUGUACUUUCAGAUAUACCUUGUGUCUAGAAUUUAGAGGAGAGUAUGCACAUAACCUUAUGGCAUCCAACAUGUAAGGAAACUACACUGAUGCUAGGACAAUCGAGCCCUGAAACUUCUUCCUCAAUUUCUCUAUCUAAUGCUUGACAGAUCAAAUUUUUACAAACAGCCUAAAUCCUAAGAUGGCAUUGCCAUGAAGCAUGCAAGAACCACUUCUAUUCAUAUCA